UUCCCUAAUAUCAACCUAGAAAGACCAUCUUCCUCUUUGUUAACUGUUUCUUUUUCUAUUCUGUUUUUUGAGUUUCCCCAGGUGCUCAAUUGUACCCUAACCAUUUGUUUAAGCAAGAAAAAGUUAGUUGUUCUAACCCUAGCUUUGACUUGGGUUUGGAAUUUGGGCCUUCUAUAAAUCUCCUUUGUUCCCCUUCAUGUGCAUCCAUCUCCUUUAUUGCAGAGUAUAACAGACAUAACCUUAAAAACAAAGAGGUCAAAAAUGGCGUCUUUACGUUUUAGUUCCUUUAUGCUUGUUAUCGUACUCUUCACUUUUCUUACCAUAAAGAAUACAAUUGCUUAUAGUGAUAACCAAGCUAAACAAACCUUUGUGGUCCAUGAAGCAGAAAAUGGUUAUGCCAUGGCAUCACUAAGGAAUAAUCAUGAGAAGGAAGUUUUGGAUGGUGUACCAGCAGCUGCUGAAUUCACUAAUGGUAGAGAGGGAGGAAGAAAAAUGAUGUUAGAGCGAAAGAACAUAAAGAAAAACAUGAAGCAAGUGGAAGCUACAGAGGAAGCUGAUUCAAAGAAUUCAGGUGCAAGUGCAAUCCAUUCUGUUGGAAAUUUAAACUUUAAAGGACAGGGGAAGUUGAGAGAAUUGAGCGGUAGAAGUAGUAGUAGCCAUUCAGUGAAGGCCAAUACAGGGAGUUUUGUGGCUCUUAAUGCUGAUUAUCACAUGGCAAGACCACACCCCCCUAAGAAUAAUUGAGUGAAACAACUCAAGAAAAUUAGUAGAGAGGGAGAAGGAAACUUUUUGUUAGUUUUAGAUCUUAGCUGUUUUUCUUUAUUAGUUAGAUGUUCUUGUGAAAAAGGAUAGUAUACUUGUAUGUAUAAAUAGAAAAUUGCACGAAUUUUCAGACUUUUUCAUGUGCAACAAUAUCGCAA